UGGAGGAGCAACGCUGAGUUCGCUCUCCCGGUUUUCAGCUCCCUCCUUUUUUCCAUUCAUUCUUUUUUGAUUCUUAUCCAAAAUAAAACGGACAACAUAGCGACAUAGAAGCGACGCCGCCGACUCGACCUGCAACCUUUCUCCACCUCCCUCCCGUCUCCUGAGCCGAGACCGAGAUGGGGAACGAAGCGAGCAUGGAGGGCGGCGGGCAGCCCGGUGAGCCGGGAGCCGCCGGGAUGAUGGGGUCGGUGAUGCCCGGAGGACCCGCAGCAGGACCGGGGGCAGGACAGCACAUGAAGCCGGUCAACGGAACCGCUGCCGGGGGAGGGAUGGGGAUCGGAGGCCCCGGGAUGGGAAUGACGAGGGGUCCAAUGGGUCCGAUGGGUAGCCCCAAGCCUGGCAUGCAACAAGGAGGCCAUGGUGGAGGAGGAAUGGGAGGAAUAGGUGGAGGUGGAAUGGGAGGAAUGGGAGGAAUGGGAGGAGGAGGAAUGGGAGGAGGAGGUAUGGGAGGAGGAGGUAUGGGAGGGAUGGGAGUAGGAAUGGGUGGAGUUGGAGGAAUAGGGUCCAGAGCUGGUGAGCCCUACCGCCUGGCCACUCACGACACUCCCACUUCCCCCCGACAUAUGCAGUCAAGCCAGUCAGCCGGCAUGGGGCAUGGUCAAGGGACUGGCCAUGGGAUGGGUCACAGUCCAGCUGGGUCCGGCAUGGGAGGCCAUGGAGGUCAAGGUACUGGUCAACACGCCUCCCGUCGAAACCUCCAAGUCGACUUCAGCGGGUCGGGCGGCUCCAGGACAGGCCGGUCUCCCUCUGUGUCUCCUGACCGUGGCGUGACGCCCACCUCACCCUACUCGGUGCCGCAGAUAGCACCAAUGCCGAGCAGCAAACUGUGCCCAGUGUGCACCACCACAGAGCUGUCCAACCCACCGGCUGUACCCAACUACAACACCUGCACCCAGUGUAAGGCCACCGUCUGUAACCAGUGUGGCUUCAACCCAAACCCGCACCUCACUGAGGUCCAGGAGUGGCUGUGUCUGAAUUGUCAGAUGCAGAGAGCCCUUGGCAUUGAUAUGACCACGCCUCGCUCCAAGAGCCAACAGCAGAUUCACUCUCCGUCCCACCAAGCCAAACCCAUUGUCCAGCCUCAGCAGCCCACACCUCAGCCAACACAGCCGGCAGCAGCAGCACAGCCCAAACCUUUGGCACAAAGUCAGCCCACCCCACAGCAGCGGCAGCAGCAGCAGCAGCCACAGUCUCAGCCUUACGGCCAAACUCAACCCUACUCCCAGUCCCAGCCAUACUCCCAGACACAGCAGUAUCCCCACUCUCAGCCCCAGCAGUACCCUGCAUCCAAGCCAGGGCCCCAGUCUCAGCCUCAGUCCUCCCCAGGCUUACAGAGACAUCCAGGCCCUGGCGGGCCCCAGACUCAGACAGGGUCCUUCCAGCAGGGCAUGAGAUCUGACCCAUACUCCCAGGGAGGUCCUGGAGCUCCUGGAGCUGUUGGAGGUCCUACAGGAGGUCCAAAUCAACCUGGGGGUCCACGAAUUCCACACCCAGGCGCUGUGCCCCUUCCUGGCUUGACCAAGGCUCCCUCCCAGCCUGAUUUGGGUCGAGGUUCUCCGAUGCACCAGUCUAUGGCACGCCACCAUGACCAGACAAGAAGUGCUGGCUCCUCCCCAGCCCACAAACCUCAGGGUCAGGCCCCUCCUCCUGCCCAGGAUGGCCUGACCAAACUGUUUGGCUUUGGAGCAUCGCUACUCAAUCAGGCGAGUACUCUGAUCAAUGUUGACCCUCUACCCACGGCCUCCACCCAACCAAGCCCUGCACGAGGCAAGGUGGUGUUCAGUAAUGCAACUCCUGACAACAGGCAGCAACAACAAGGGGCUCCUGGCACCAAAACAUUUGGUAUGGGGGGCCCAACUCAAAUGGGUGGUCCUCAUGCACCGAGCCAAAUGGGUGGUCCUCAUGCGCCGAGCCAAAUGGGUGGUCCUCAUGCGCCGAGCCAAAUGGGGGGUCCUCAAGCGCAGGGCCAAAUGGGAGGCCCUUAUUCACAAAGCCAAAUGGGGGGUCCUCAUAUGCCGAGCCAAGCGGGAGGCCCUUAUCCACCGAGCCAAAUGGGGGGUCCUCAUGCACCAAGCCAAAUGGGAGGUCACCAAAUGGGUGGACCAUCACAGAAGCCGCAGACCAUGUCCCAUCAACAAGGAAUGCCGCAACAGCAGUCGCCUGCUCAUCAUCACAAAGGGCCACAAGGACAACAGCAAUCACCUGCUCAUAUGCAGAAAGCUCAGCAGAAGCAGGAGCCUGCAGUGGCCCCCGUGCCUGCUCCAGAGCCUGUGAAGCCUAAAGUGAACUGUCCUCUCUGUAAAACAGAGCUGAACAUUGGCAGCUCCGACCCGCCCAACUACAACACCUGUACACAGUGUCAUAGCCAAGUGUGUAACCUGUGUGGCUUCAACCCCACGCCACAUCUGGUGGAGAAAAAAGAGUGGUUAUGUCUCAACUGCCAGACCCAGCGGCUGAUGUCCGGGGGCGGCCUCGACGAACCUCCACUUCCCGUUCCUCAUUCGUCUCCCAAGCACCAGCCAAUGGGCUCGCCCCGUCACCAGGCGCCAACCAGUCAGCAAAGCCCUCUCCACAAACCCACCAGUCAGCAGGGCCCCAAGCCAGGCCAGCCGCAGACACAGAAAGCGCCGGGAACUGGCGGCAGCGUACCAUUUGCGCCCACUGCUGCCAAACAACCGACCGACACCAAGACAACGACACCAGUAUCGACCACAGAGACUCAGAAACCUCUGAAACCCUCAGAGGAGAAGCCCAAAAUCGAGCCUGACAACCAAACUGCCAAAGACACCAAACCCUCCCAGAAGAAAGGAGAGCAGAUCACACCGAUUAAGGAAAUCAAGAAGUCCAGGCACUAUGAUGAUACAAAAAACAACAGCACCCAUGACUUGUCACGCAGCCCACAGAGCCUCAGUGACACCGGCUACUCCUCUGACGGCAUCUCCAGCUCCCACAGUGAAAUCACAGGUCUAAUCCAAGAAGAGGAGAUGAAGCUGAGCGAGAGGGGGAUCAGUGGGCGGGGCUCCCCACCAAGCCCGUCUGAAAUCACCAAACUAGAAAGCUCCAUGAGGCCUUUGCUGGAGAAGAGCCUUUCUGAAGAGAAGGUGGACAGAAGGGGGAGGAAGCACAGAGAUAGAGACUUGGAUGACAGAGGGAAACAGCGCCCACGCUCCCUGUCAAUCCCACCGGAUGCAUAUGACUCUGACGAGGAACUAGAAGAUAUAUUGGAGGAAGAAGAAGAUGUAGGAGACUGGGAGAGUAAACGGAAGGAAGUGAAGGAGGAGAAGAAGGAGAAGAAAAAGAAGGAAAAAGAGGCUGAGCCCACAGAGAUGACAGAUGAGGAGUUCAUGAGGAGACAAAUAAUGGAGAUGAGCGCUGAUGAGGAAAAUGAGGAGGAAGAGGAGGAGGAGGAGGAAGAGGAGGAGGAGGAAGAGAUGGAGGAAGAGGAAGAUGAGGAAGAUGAAGGAUAUGGCUACCAGAAACCCAAGAAAAGCCACCAUAAACACGUUAUCUCUGACUCAGGGAAGGAGAAAAGACGUCUUCAGCACCACUCCAGCAGUUUUGAGGAGGAGACUAAGAGCACUACUGAUGUCUAUAAAGGCUCAGUGGAGGAGGGUGAGGAAGAUCUGAUGGCAUCUCAAGGAGGCUUGAGACGCUUCAAAACCAUUGAACUCAAUAACACCAACAGCUACAGCCGAGACAUGGAGCUGAGCAAUGAAAAUGACUUGAGCCUUGAUCGGGAACCAGAGCUAGAGAUGGAGAGCCUGACAGGAUCUCCCGAGGAGCGUUCUCGAGGUGACUACUCCUCCACACUGCCAGCCACUUCAUCCUCAUAUGGCUCAGGCCAGUCUCCUACUUCCAUCUCAUCAAUGGAGGAGGACAGUGACAGUAGCCCUAGCAGGAGGCAAAGGCUGGAAGAGGCCAAGCAGCAGAGGAAAGCACGCCACCGCUCUCAUGGCCCCCUCCUUCCCACCAUUGAAGAUUCCUCCGAAGAGGACGAGCUAAGAGAGGAAGAAGAACUUCUGAGAGAGCAGGAGAAGAUGAGGGAGGUGGAGCAACAGAGAAUAAGGAGCACAGCACGAAAGACCAAGAGAGAUAAGGAGGAGCUGAGGGCUCAGAGGCGCAGAGAGAGGUCCAAGACACCACCUAGUAAUCUCUCCCCCAUUGAAGAUGCUUCUCCAACAGAGGAGCUGAGACAAGCUGCAGAAAUGGAAGAGCUCCAUCGAUCUUCUGCUUCUGAAUAUUCCCCUCAGAGUCUGGACUCUGAGGCUGAGGGAUAUGAGUCCAAACUUUACAAGUCAGGCAGCGAAUACAACCUGCCCACAUUUAUGUCUCUCUACUCACCAGUCGAGAAAUCAUCAACUACAACAACCACCACAGCACCAUCCUCAACUUCCAAACCGCUAAAGAGCGCUGAGGAGGUUUAUGAGGAGAUGAUGAGGAAGGCAGAGAUGCUUCAGAAACAACAGAAACAACAGCAGCAACAGCAACAUGGAAGACAUGGGCAAUACUACGAGGAGGACGUUAAUGGACAGGGUUAUGAUGACGAGUAUGAAUAUGAUGAUCAGGCAGGAUACGACAAUGAGGCAGCAGAGACAGAAACAGAUAUUUAUGAGGAGAUUCGACAAACAUCACAGAACAUCACCAAGAUGCAGCAGGCCACUGAUGAGCAAGUAGAGAUUGAGAUUGAGAGCUCCUACCCAGACAAACAGCUCCUAGACACAGGGUCAGCCUUUGCUAAGCUACUUGAGCAAAGCAAUGCUCUACUAACUCCAGGGACCAGCCCCACCCAGAUCUCAGCUCCUGUCUCCUUUGCCGAGACUGGAGGGCGGAUUCCUGAUGUCCGAGUUACGCAGCACUUCUCUGCAAAGGAUGGACACAAAGACAGGAUCAAAAGCCAAGCAGGAAAGAAUGGAAUAACUCCAACAGUGGCUGCCACCACUAUUGCAGCAUAUGGAGUUUAUGCCAGAGAUGCAGUGACUAUUUCUCAGACUAGUUCAAGCCACACUAUGACAACCACUCAGUCUGGUAUGUAUGGCCGGCACACAUCAAGUACUGCCACAUCUUCAGCUACAGUCUCAAGUGUAUGCAGCAAGAUUGCAGAGAUUACCCAGGCCUACAGUCAAAGAGAAGUGAUCACCAGAAGGAUAGGGGAGAGCAGAGGUGUCCAUGUGCGAGACAGCUCAACAUCUUCCACUGAGAGAAUUAUUGAGCCGCGUUCUCCCAAGUACACUACUUAUUACAGGAGCACCAGUCCUCCUCUUUCUCCAUCGCCGCCACCACAGAGUCCCACCCGUUCACCUUCCAGAAGGAAUACAGCUGAGUUCUCUACCCAGACGUUCAGUUCAGCAUUACGAAUGUCAGAUUCAGCUGGCUCUGGGCCUCCGUCUCCAGUGACGGCUCAGGGAACCCAAACAGCACAUCGAUCAGUUUCCCCACGGCUCUAUCGUCAGCAGUCUUCCCAGGAUGCCCCAUACUCCCCACCUCCAAGCCCAGCUAGGCCUAUGACAGUCAACACUGCUACUUCUCCUCUGUCUUCGCCUACCCGAUUUAGCCGCCAAUCAACAUUUGACAAUUACUCCCCAUGUGGCAGCCCUCCAGACACGCCGCCUUACCAACAGUCUCCUACCCGAAGCUUCUACCGAACACAAAGAGUGGAGAAAGUAAAUGUAGGAACAAGUAUGGUCACCACAGCCAGCCUUUACACUAGAGGGUCCAUGUCAAUGGACAAUAUCUCCCUCUGUCGAAUAUCUACAGUCCCAGGAACUUCUAGGGUAGAGCAAGGCCAUAUGAUCCAAGGUGGAAGUGUUGUGGACCUCAGAACAGUCACCAAACCUGCCCCUAUUAUCAUGACUGACCAGGGAAUGGAUCUCACCUCCUUGGCCACCGAAAGCAGGAAAUACCAUGGUGGAUCAGAGGGUAGCAGACAUUCAACGAUUGUACAGCCACUGAUUAUGAACCUGAACACGCAGGAGAUCGCCACACCAACCACUGUGAGUGUCACUGUGGCUGCUUCCAUGUUUAUGACCCAGCCCAAACAGCCAACAGUCUAUGGUGAUCCCCAUCAAAACCGAGUGGAUCUGGGUCAGGGCAUGGGUUCAGCUGUGUGUCUCUCCCAGAACAAACCGAUUUCACCUCCAAUGGAUCCAUCAAUACCAAAAAUUGAUGCCAAACUGGAAGACCUCAGUAUCCAACAGAAGGAGCUACAAAUUCAGCAAGAGAAGCUGCAGAAGCAACAACAGCUCCUUGAACAACAGUUGCAGCAGCACCACCAGAUGCAACAGCAGCAGCAACAGGCAUCUGCUUUGGCCAGGUACAGCCUUACUGGCCAGAUCCCACCUUUACUGAAAAAAGACUUGCUAGUCAGUCAGACUAGUGCUGCCUCAGCUGUGGUCAGUGCUGUUUCACCAGUCAUUAACCCUGAGCUGUAUGGCACUGGUCCCAUUGAGUUGAAAGGGAAGAUCAGUCCUCCUGGUUUGAUUUCAGGAGGUAAAUCACCACAUAGCAUGGUAGUACAAAUGGACGGAGGGCCAGAGCAGGCCAGGGCAGUGACUCAGCUAGUGAAGGUAGAAGAAGGACAGGAUGCGAUGGAUCUGACAGGGGGCCAAAUUAAACCAGACAACCAACCAGCUUGCUGUGAUGUUGUUUACCGGCUUCCCUUUGGUGGAAGCUGUGUUGGUGGUGAGAAAGAGGGCAUAAGACCUCCAUCUGCCCCACCUCUUACCUAUGAGUCUGACCAAGAAAGACAAACUGGAGGGUACCAUGAAUAUCCAAUGGAUGAACGUAAGGCCUACACAUUACCUUUCCCUGGUAGGCUCCAGCCUUCGAUGUCUGAUACAAACCUAGCUGAAGCUGGGUUACAGUCCUACCGCUCUAAACUAGAUCCACAACUCCAAGCCUCAGGAGAACUUGCCAUGGAUCUAACUGCUAUGAAACAGGGUUAUGGAGGGUAUAUAGGAAUGCAGUAUGGCUCCUAUACAGAUUUACGGCAUGGAGGAGACAUCACAGCCCAAACACUGCCUAUAAGGAGAUAUAAUUCUCUGUCUAACAUCAGUGCAGACUAUGGCUACUCUGCUCGUGACAUUGCUGGCUUCCAAGAAGCUAACUUGGCUCAAUACAGUGCUACAACUGCCAGGGAGAUCAGCCGGAUGUGUGCAGCACUUAAUUCUAUGGAUCGUUAUGGAAGCAACCCAGAUUUGAUGCAGUUUGGUAGUUUGGGGAGAGGAACUGGAUCUGCAGCCUCCAGACUUGCGGCAGGUCUCGGCAUGAGACAAAACCUCCUCUUUGGACUAGAUGGGAAACCAAUCUCCCACAGUCAAGCACUAACCAACCUUAUCAAUGCCAGGCAGGCCAGCCUCAGAGCCAUGUACCCUGCUGCUAUUAGGUCCUCUGAUGGGAUGAUCUACUCCACCAUUCAGACUCCCAUCGCUUCUACGCUUCCCAUCACAACUCAGCCUGCCUCUGUUCUUCGCCCACUACUGAGGGGGGUCUACCGGCCAUACCCCUCUGCCAACAUGACACCUGUCCCCCUAUCCAGUCUUAGCAGGCUACCAAUGACCCCCAGAAUACCCUUAACUGGACAAGGUCCAGUCCGUUACCCAGCACCAGGUCUUCUCCAGACAACGUCAACCACUGCCACUACUGCUGGUUCUGCAACAACUUCAGCACCAGUAGGUGCUCCAGUGUCUGUCCCCAUGACAACUACUAGUUCUACAGUCCAGGAUGAACCAGUUUACCUCGGUAAAGGUGCAUCCUCAUCAGCAGAGGUCACCUCUGUGCAAGGUACAGUUGUCAUACCAAUGGAGCAACAGCAGCAACCAAUAAACUUGUCCCAGGCCCAUUUACACAGUCAACAACAACAACAGCAACAAGCGGCAACCAAUCAGCAGCCACAACAGCCACCUCCAGCUGCCCAUGCCUACCCACCCUCUGCUCCUUCACACACUCACGGCUACACCCAACCUCCAGUUGGCCCCUCUGCCCCCUCUAGUGGUUUACCCAUCGCAGGGGGUCUUCCUCCCUUCCCUCCACCAGGUGCCAUACACAAGGAGGGUGAAACCGAGGCAGAGAGGCUGCAUCGGCAGCAGGAGCAGCUUCUGCAGAUGGAAAGGGAGCGCGUGGAGUUGGAGAAACUUCGGCAACUGCGCCUGCAGGAGGAACUGGAACGAGAAAGGAUUGAGCUGAAGCUGCAUAGGGAGAAGGAGCAGAUGCUGGUGCAGAGAGAGUUGCAUGAGCUGCAGAACAUCAAGGAACAGGUCCUCCAGCAGCAGCAACAGGAACGCGAGAAACAACUUGUUCUCCAGAGGGAGCAGUUGGCCCAGCAGAAGUCCCAGCUAGAUCAGAUCCAGUCUUUGCAGCAGCAGCUCCAGCAACAGCUUGUAGAGCAGAAGAGACAGAAAACAGCUGCAGCUCACAGCGUUCAGCUGGACAUGACUGGACAGCCCGUGCACCCCUACAACGACGCUCAGAUGAGCUCCCGCUCCCUCCCCAACUCCUCGUCAGAGAUGUGUCUGAGGAGCCAGGAGGAGCACAUGGUGGAGACCAGGAGCAACAUGAGGAAACACAGCUCCAUGACCAGGCUGAGCAGGGACAGCUUGGACGGAGACGGCGUGGUGUUUUACGGCUCCCCCCGCAGGAUCGUGGACAGCUGUGUGCAGACAGACGAUGAAGACGGAGAGGAGAGGUACAUGAUGCGUCAUCGCACCAGAAGGCGUGGUCGCAGUGUUGACUGCUCCGUCCAGACGGAUGAUGACGAGGACAAGGCUGAGACGGAGCACCCGGUCCGCCGAAGACGUUCCCGUUUCUCCCGGCAUGCUGAGUCCAGUACCGCUGGCAGCAGCACUGCUGCCACGUCCACCACAGCCACUGACACUAAGACUGACUCCUCCAAGAUGGUAUCCUCCAGCAUCGCAGUCCAGACCAUCAGGGAAAUGUCAUGCCAGACGGAAGUGGAGCACCUGGGGAGAGUCUCCCCAGCGAUCCAUGUGACAGUACCAGACCCUAAUAAAGUAGAGAUUGUGCACUACAUCUCCGGACCUGAGCGAACCCAGAAAGGACAGUCUCUAGCAUGUCAGACUGACCCAGAAGCCCAGUCACAGGGUGUUGUAGCUCCCCAGCUCAGUGUACCAACCACGGUCAGUCCAUAUUCUUCCUCUACCAGCACCGGAACCCAACAAUCUGGUUCUGUUGACCUCCUGACCCAGCAGCGCCAGCAGCAGCACAUCGCAGCAAACGCAGCCAAGUUUGAGCGCCGCCGCCCCGACCCACUCGACAUCAACUACCAGUCUCACAACCACCUCCACAACGAGUCCAUCUCCAGCAUCAUCCGCCAGCAGCAGACACCCAAAUCCCCACAAGUCCUCUACUCCCCUGUCUCCCCGGUGUCCCCUCACCGCCUGCUGGAGACAUCUCUGUCCAGCGAGAGGCUGAACAAGGCCCACGUCACACCUCAGCAGAAGUCAUACACAGCAGAGUCCCCCCAGAGACACCCCUCUGUGCCCCGACCCAUCAAGAGCACCCAGAGGUCCAUGUCAGACCCCAAGCCCCUCAGCCCCACCACAGAUGAGCAUACCAAGGCCAGGCUGUCCCUCUACCAACAACAAGCGCUCCAGAGCCAGCUGGCAGCCCUACAGCAGAGCUCACUCCUCCGCAAGGUCAAGCGAACCCUGCCCAGCCCUCCUCCGGACGAGACUACUGCAUCGGCUCACCUGCCCAUGAUGGCACCUGCCCUCCAACAGGUCUACCUGCCCUCCGUGCCCAGCCUCAAGCCCAGCUCUAGGUCUGGCCUGGCUGCCAAAGCCAGCCUCCUCAAAGACCUCACCCACGAACUGAAGGCCGUGGAGCAAGAGUCGACCAAGCUGAGAAAGCAGCAAGCUGAACUAGAGGAGGAAGAGAAAGAAAUUGAUGCUAAACUGAGAUACCUAGAGCUGGGGAUCCAUCAGAGGAAAGAGACACUGGUCAAGGAGCGGGAGAGGAGGGAUAUUGCCUACCUGAGGUGUAUGGGGGACACUAGGGACUAUAUGUCUGACAGUGAAUUAAAUAACUUACGUUUAGCAGCUGCAGCUGCAUCACAUGAGACCAAUGGACUACUGUCAACGAGGCCGAGCACUGCCCCUCUCAGCCAGUUCACCAGCGACCUCAACACAGCAGCCCAGUACCCACCCACCUCAUCCUUUCUCUCCUGUCAGUACCCCCAGAGCCAGCCGGCUGCACCAACUCCGCAAUCAAGUGUGCCGUACCAGUCUUCGACUUUCAACCAGCCUCCCUAUCCAACAGUGUCUCAGUCCCAGGCACUGCCACAACCCACACCCCUCCAAAGCCAUGUCCCCCCUCCAGGACCUUCUUAUCAGUCUCAAACUUCCUACCCUUCCCACACCUAUCCCCAAACUCAGCCCCCAUACCCCCAGACAGACAUGGGGUUACCAGCUGCACCUCAGCCCCAGCCUGGGCAUACAGGUUUUGGGCCUGCGCCCCCUGGUCAGCCCCCAUACCCCACCCACAGCUCACCCUAUCCCAGCGCUGUGUCCUCCUACCCCAGCCAGACUACCCCGUACCCUGGGCAGCCCCAGGCUGAUAUCCUGACAGUCCACCCAGGAAGACCAAGGCAGACAUCGCUGGCCGAUCUGGAGCACAAGAUGCCCACCAACUAUGAGACGAUCAGCAACCCCACAGUCGUGGUCACCACCACGGCCCAGGACGCUACAUAUUCCAGUGCAGCCCCCUCUUAUGGUCAGUACACUGGAUCGACAACCAUGGCCAGCUCCUAUGGGCCAUAUAGUUCAGCACCAGUGUCCAGCAGCUACGGUGGGUACUCUACCAUGCCACCCAGCACUUAUGGCCAGUAUACUUCAACUUCAGCUAGUUCAUAUGGCCAGUACACCACAACCACUGCUAAUACUUAUGGCUAUACCACCACUACAGCCAGCUCUUACGGACAGUACACUUCUACAGUUUCCAAUGCCUAUGGGCACUCUGUAGACAGCCCCUCCACGUACAGCACUGCAGAUGGGAUGUAUGGGGCUCCUGGCUUAGAGCAGAACAUCCCUAGGAACUACAUGAUGAUUGACGAUGUAAGCGAGCUGACGGCAAAAGACGGGCUGGGCACGACGACAGGGGACAUGAUGCAUCAUGGGCGUUACGCGGGCGACAUCCACGGCCACGGCAGCACCAUUGGCAGCACGACGCGUGGGGGAACUGGCAGCUCCUCGUACGGCAGGGCACCUGAAGAGGAAGCAGCGAUGCAGGAAGAGCUGUACGACCACCACGGCAGGGGUAAGAGCAGCUACAGGCACGGACCUCUAGGGGGCAGCAGCAGCAGCGUGAGCUCUAGCAUGGGUGGGGGAUCCUCCUAUUACUAUGACUAUGACUACAAACAUGGCAGCCUACGCUCCGGGGUACAGAAACCUUCGCCGUCCUCCAGAAGCCUUCUGGCUCCUGCUGUCAUGUCCUCCAAGCGCAGCAAGCACAGGAAGCUGGGGAGUAUGGAGCAAAAAAUCUCCAAGUUUUCCCCCAUUGAGGAGGCUCGAGAUGUGGAGGCAGACCUAGCCUCCUAUUCCUCAGCAGGAGGUGGGGCUUACCCCUCCUCUCACAUUCGAGGGCGCCAGCUGAUUGAGGACUACGGCUUUAAGAGGAAUACAUAUGAGGCACCAGUCACUGGCACCAGUCAUGGUAGUCGAUACUAUGGUUCAAUGGUGGAGGAGGACGAUCGGAUAUACUACACCUCCACCGGCCGCUCCCGUUCCACUGGCUACGGCAUGGACAAGAUCUCAGCCAGAGACUACUCUGGGUAUCGCAGCAGAUCCUAUGAGAGGGACGACCGCUCCUACCGAUCAAGCUACAGCAGGGGACGCCACCCAACCCGACAGUACUCUGAAGAGGAGAGCCCACUCAGUCCCCUGGGGAGGUUCAUGGGUUCUGGGCGAUCAUCAAGCUUAGGUCCCGACCCGUACGACAGUCGCAGCAGUAGAUAUCAUUACUAUUAUGGCCAGUAUGGUUCCAGCCACUCGCUUCCAGACGUGCAAGACCACAUACGGGACCUUCCCCGGACUCAUGUCUACAAAUCGGAUGAUACAUACAUUAUAGACGAUUAUCAUUGUGCUGUGUCAGACAGCGAAGCCUACCAUCUCGGCCAAGAAGAAACUGACUGGUUUGAGAAGCCACGCUCCAGUUCUCGACACUACGGCAGCCACUCAUCUGGGAGGAGCAGGCACGGUGUCAAACACACCUACCAUGAUUACGAUGAGCCUCCUGAGGAGGACCUGUGGCCCCAGGAUGAGUACGGCCACGGGCGGCACUCUUCAUCCCGUGACCACCGUCACCAUGGCAGCUCUAGCCGACACUCAUCCGCGUCACGUCAUUCAGAUGAGCAGAGGUCCUCAAGGUCAUCUAAGGGACACCCAAAAGACCCAUCGAUGCGCCACGACCCUUCAGGUCGAUCUUCAUCUUCAGGAAGGCGUGGUGAUUCAAGGUCUGGUGGGUACCACUCAUCGGACUACUCCAGAGAUCCAUCUGGGCACCACCACGGACAGCGCUCCUCCAGACAGGGGGACCCUCACCGAUCCUCACGCAGCAAGUCCCAGCAGCAAGUGGACAUGCAGGGUCAACCACCAGGCUCCUCCAGGUCUGGCAGCAGCUCUGCCCGGGCUCAGGGCCCCGCUGGCGGGCCUGCGGGACCAGGGCGGCAGGGUGGUCCAGGCUCCCAGACAGACGGAACUCAAGGACAGAGAACCCAGCUCCAACAACAAGCUCAGACAUCAGCGGCCAGACCGGGGCAGCCCGGUGCCGCAGCGACUACCGGCCCUCAGCAGCAGCCCCCAGCCCAGGGACAGGGCAUGGGCAUGGGCAUGGGCAUGGGGCAGGGCAUGGGGCAGGGCCAGGCCAAGCCAGGGCAGAUGGGACCAGCGGGUGGACCCAUGGGACAAGCCAGGCAGACAGGUCCUGCAGGAACCACGCCAGCCACCAUGACCAAGAUCGACACGCCUCCAGUAACAGCCAUCGGAGCAAAGGCAGCACCCGUCAUGGCCACAAAAGCCGCCCAGCCCCCACUCACAGGCAUAGGUACAAUGAUCUUGCAGGAGAAGAAGCUGGAUGUGGAGGUCCUGGGCUGGCUCACUAGAGUGGCUGGAUGUACUGCCAAAUUAAUGGAAAUGACACUGAAGACGGCGUAUGGUAGUGAAAUGGACAUUCAGUUCAUGGGUGCCUGCAGUCAGCAUGCCAACGGCACGCUCCCUCAAAACUUGUGA